AUGCGUCCCCUUAGACGACCACAAGACCAUCGCCGUGCCCAACGAGCCGCUCAUGAUCGGCUGGGAGACCAACGGCGAGAGUCAGGACGAGCAAGACGAGCAGGACAGCCCGCAAAGGCUUUCCUUCAAGGAGGGUCACUCGGCCGGGGAGGAGCGUCUGCCCACGCCGUCGCCUACCUCGCCCCACCCGCGCGACUCCCACUCCCACUCCCCCAACCGCCCACCGCGCCCGCCCAUCGUCAUCGAGUCCGUGUCCUACGUCGCCGCGGGCUUCCUCCUCGGCGCCGUCUUCGCGGUCAGCCUAAUGUCGAUGCAGCGCAGGGCCGCGGUGGUGGUGUACGGGAGCUUGACGUAGGUGGUGUCUCAAACGGUGUGCGUUUGCCUUGCUCUCCCUGUCUGCCAUUCCAUCUAUCCUCCUAUCCCAUCCUAUCCGCCACACUCUACCACACCCUACUCAUCUGUACGUGCGCUCCCUCUCCACACCACCUGUACGAAAAACGAGUGUACUAUUUAUGUAUGUACAUACGGGCAGGCCUCCCGACAGACAGCCUCUUUGGGCUCGAUGCCUCUUUAUCUUCUGCGUGCCUCUUCACCUUCUCCAUGCCUCUUUGCCUGUAGCUCCUUCGGCUAUAGACUUACUCACCUGGGUUGACUAUGACUUUAUGUACUAUGUACCUCCUUUCGCCUUCGCCCCUCCAUGUAGUGAACCUACGAUGUGUAUACCUGUAUCGGUGUACGCACUCCUACGUGCACUUUACUUUUAUCUUUACUUUCACCUUCGCCUUCACUUGACGUGUACUAUUCUACGACCUUGUAACGCUACUAUACGGUGUAUAGAGACGAAUUGAGAUGAUUUUAUGGGAUGACUGAGCGGAGAAGGCUUUUG